AGUGCUAACUCAGUUAUACAUUCCCAAAAGCUUUAUAUUGCAACAGUGGGAAUCGACUUUGGCACGACUUACAGUGGAUUUGCGUUUUCAUUUAACAAGGAGGAAGAUGACGAAGCGAUUUUUAUGAACAGAGACUGGGUCAAUGAACUCGGACAUCGAACAAGCAAAACACCAACCUGCCUGCUGUUAAAUCGAGACCAAUCUUUUGACUCGUUUGGAUACAAGGCAGUUGAGAAAUAUGCUAAUUUGAGAAGCGUGUAUGAAGAAAAAGAAUUCUUCUUCUUUCAAAAUUUCAAGAUGAAAUUGUUUGAGGUGAGGGUGAAAAACUGUAUUAACGAAAUCUAAAAAUCAAACCAGUAAGUAUACAGGACUCAUGCCUAUCGCUUAGUGUAAACAUAAUUAUAAGCUGAUUAUUGUUUAUUUAACCCUAUUCAUGACCGGGGAAGGGGCUACGAAGAGCUUCAUCCACAGCUUCAAAUCCGUUCAUGAUACAGCUACCAAAUUUACGCAGAAUAAUAUCCUCAUAGUUUUUAACAUCUAGGCAUAACUUGACUGACACAAUAACGUCAUACGAACCUAUUAUGACAUCCUUUUGUUGUUGUUAUUGGUAGAAUCUAAAUUCCAUCCUUUUCUCCCCAAAAAGCGAAAAGUACUUAAAUAGCAAGGCGUAGUAUAGAUCUGGAACCAUCCGCCAUCUUGGAUCCACCAUUUUGAAUCAAUUAAAUGUAUUCAAUUUUACGAAAAAUCUGUAUAAAUGGAGAAUCGAGAAGAAUAGUUGAUCUGUGCACAAAACUCUGACAGAAAUUAACACUGUUAAAAAUUGAACCCUCCACCUGCCGUUUAAACAUUUGAAUCCUUGUUUGUUUGUUUGUUGUUGUUUUUUUUUUUCAAAAAUCAGCCACUUAAAGCCUGGAUGACACCAAAAGUUAUAAGAAGUGUAAUAUUAUAAUUCAAUAAGUGAAAUAAAUUUUUAGAAAUAAAUCCUUUUUAUAAGAAAAAGCAAAUUUUGAAAAAAAGCCGUUGACUGCCAAAACACAGUUGCAACAGCAACGUCAAUGUUGACCUGCACACUUCAAAAUGUUUCCUGAUAGUUUUUAGGGGAAGCUGCAAAGUUUGGUGGCCAUAGCUUAAACGGUGUUGAUGUUUUUUAACUUUCAGGCGAGACGGAUUGGGCUCAAAAGCCUCACCCGGUUUGAAUAGGGUUGAAAUAUAUGUCGUCUUCAAAUUGAAAGACCGGAAAAGAGGAAAUUUUUUAAUAACAGAUACUUUGUGAUCUUUUUGUGUAUAAUGUUUAGGUGUUUGUUUAUUUCAGUUUUAUGUUUAUUUAUUUUGUUUUGUUCUGUUUUGGUUGUUGGAUGUUGAAGUGCACUUCACUGCCUCUAGUUAAUUCGGAUAGUCGCGUACACUAAUUCUUUACAAAUAAACCGAAUCAAACAUAGCAGAAGGGAUUGAAACUACAACUGGCAGAAGACGAACCAUCAACUCUUUACAUGCUCCCUAAAUAGUUUCAGAGCUUAAAAAUUCCUCUCAAAAAUACCUUUCAAGCAAGGAUGGGGACCGCGGGGCAAGUUCAAGACUGCGUUUGUGGUGGUGGUGGUGGUGGUUGCGGGGGGUAGGCCUACUUUUAAGGAGAUUUAAGGCGACUUUAGGCAAUUUUAGGAAAAUUUGCUCAAAGUGUUAUGCAAUUUAUUUCUAAUUUAGACUACUUUAGGUCCCAGAGUAGGACUGGGAGGAUAGUGUUUAAACGACAGACUGAUCCAGAUAGCAAAAUUGACGAAAAAGGAAACAAAGUAUUAAAACAAAAAAUGUUUUUUGAACAAAUUCGUCCCGGUAUUUCGGUGUGAAGACAAACCUUCUUCAGGGGUUAAAAUAGUAAAUAAAUAAAAAUUCGUACAGAAAGAUCAAGAUUAAAGCAAUAGAUGAUGAGUGAUGUAGAUGACUUAUAGGCUAUAUCAUAUAUCAUCGAGCUUUGACAUGUCCAUUCGAACGAGCUCAUAAGCAUGACUAUGUUAGGAGUUUAGGGGGUAUGCACCCCUCGGAAAAAAAAAGAACAUGUAAAAUUUACGUCUUAUGAAAUGGCUAGACAUUUGUCUCAUUUAUCCCGUUCUCUUGAAUUGCACGAAUUCGUUAUCUUAUUCAGACCAGGCUUUAGUCUAGGUGAAAUAGUUAACGGGCAAACGCAAGCUGCACGUCUCGGAAUACCCCGCCCCCCUCCUUUGCAGAGUCUCCUAUGCCCCUCCCUGACAUUCUGUACGGAUAGGCGAGCGUACUCUGUCGUCAUAACCCAAUAUUUUUCCAAUAGAUAGGUUUCCAGUUUCUAUUGCAAUGGAGGUUCCGCCGCGAGCGCUUCAUGCAUGCAGAGGUUCCAAAGAACCCAUCGGCGCAUUAUGAUUAGCGUCAAGAAUGCACAGCUACAGAAAAUCAUGUAUUAUCUACCAAAACUAAUUUAUCCGGCAGAUUUGGAGGUUUAAUGAUCAUGAUCAUGAAGCUGCGAUGUAAUUGAGUUAGACUUCCUUCAAAUAACUAACUCCCGAAACUAACCCUGUAAGUUUAGUCCCUUCAGUAGAAUAUUAUGGGGAACAGUAUCGUAAGCCGCAGAGAAUGUAAGAAUCAAAUUAAAGUACAAGAAAAUUUCGUUCCGCAGUGGGACAAACAAUAUUAUUAUGAACUCGAGUGGGUGGAAGGGUGGUCUUACAGCUGUGAAAUUACUAUUAGGCAGAUUGCAGAAGUUCAGUAAGGUUGCAUAGCGCCAGAUACUGAGUAAGACGAAAAUCUACAAUGCCCAUCAAUAAUUUGGGAAACAUGCAGCUAACGGCACGUAAAAAAGUCUCUUACUUCCGUCGUCGAUAAUAAUCAGUGAGAAAACUAUAUCUUUUUCGAAAUAAUGGAUAAUGUAAAGUUUGAAAACAUUUCGCUCUUGAAAAUGUUAAGCAAUAAACAUUGAAGCAAAAACUUACAGUUUCGGAAAAACCAGUUAAAAACAAAGUUGCGUAUGGUGGACAAAAAUAUUGCGAACUAGUUUAAAGAAAAAUCUACGUGCUCUUUAAAAGAGUGGAUAUUAUUAAGGGCAAAAGAGAUUUCUGUAAGUAAUAAAUGUGCUGAAAAAAAAGCAAACAAACAAACAGACAGAUUGCCAAACAAAAGAACGUACAGCCUUAACCUCCCAAACAGACCCCCUCCACCACCACCACCACCACCACCACCACCACACUGUCGACAAAACCUCAUCUUAUGCGUGAUCCCUGUUCUUCUUGGCAUCGUUCACAAAUAAUGUGUUCUCGACUUAUAGUUUUUCUUCCUUUCAUAGGAUAUAGACUUAAAAAGCUCUCUUUAUGCCGCCAAUGGCAGAGCCGUAGAAGCGAAGAAGGUUUUUGCUCUCUCGAUCAAGUUUUUGGGAGAUGAAGCAGUUAAGCUCAUUCGUCAAGAAACGCAAGACGAUGAUUUUAAAGCCGAAGACAUUCAGUGGGUGUUAACUGUUCCUGCCAUAUGGACUCCAAGCUCAAAGCAGUUCAUGAGAGAAGCAGCUUAUGAGGUAUGUACGGUAGUGGACUAUGAAUAAGACAUCCAAACCAUCCUAGCUUACUUUAACGGUGAAUAUUGUAGGACCCCCGCAGUCUUUUGAAACUUUAUCCAGUGGUAAUGUUAAAGAAAAACAGUAACUUUUGUAGCCAAGUUAUGUAUGUUGUUUGGGAUCUGAAGCUCACUUCCGAUGUGUAUAUUUUUUUUUCUCAUGUUUCAUGCAAGGUUGUCUAACAAUCGCCGAAAAAGAAACAUACGUUCUGGUGUUGCAAAACUGGCUACACGUACUCUGCGUCAAUUCCUCGUGCAGGCGUAUGAAUCGAUGUAUUUUUAGCUGAAAACUUAAUCUGAGUAUAAAAAGAUUCUUAGGAAGCAAAAAGUAAAAUCAGCAAAAUAUGACAUUCCUAGAAAAAGGAACACUGUUGAAAACGUAACUCAGCAACUGCAAUUGUUCUCAAACUAGCCACUAAAAAGUCUUAACAGUUACAGUAACUUUGGUAAAAUAAUAAAUAGUGUAAUAUAAUAAUUCAAUCAGUUAAAAUAGAAAUUAUACUUUUGGAAAAAAAAGGACUGUCAAAACUCGGUUGCCACAUUAAAAUCAAUAUUGACAUACACGAAGACUUUAAGAUGUUCUCAAAUAAUUGUUAGGAACAGUCGCUAAGUUUGAUGGUCCUAGCUUGAACGGUUUUGAAGUUAUUGAACAAUUUAGCGUGGGGGGCUCAAAGGGCCCCCUGGUCUGAAUAGGGUUAAUGACCUGACCAAGGGUUGUUGCACUUGACAGGCUGGUAUCGUAUCACGGGAGCAUCCAGAGCAACUGAAGAUUGCAUUGGAGCCUGAAGCUGCCGCAUUGUUCUGUACCAUGAGAAAGAUUGACGCCAUACAAUCCGAGAGGCUAAGCGCGUCUGUAGAUGGGCUUUUGACUCGACCAAAUGCCCAGUACAUGGUUGUUGAUAUCGGAGGUAAUAAAUUUAAAUCACAGACAUGUCCGUAUCUUGUUAGGUUCUUCCCAGGGACUGUUACUGAGUGCUGUGCGGGAAAUAUUCCCGUAACCACAAAUAUUUUUUCAUUCGGGUAACAAUAAUGUUCAUUUCUUUAAUAUACAUCUAGCCGGAUUUUUGAAAACGAUACCGCCAAAUGGACCUUUUCCGUCUCAUCUCCAAAGUAGCCAUUGUAAAAACUUAGAGUGUGAGCAUUGCUUUCUUCUCUUUUCCUCCUUUCUUACCCUCACUCCUUUUUUCGCCUUUUCUUUACCUUCUUUAGUGUGAUUUUAGAGCUUAUCGGGCUCAGAAAACCUGCCAUUUUACGCUAUUUCACUCAAAUGACUGCAAAUUUCGUUAGGCUGGUUUUCAAAAAAGUGGUUAGACAUAUAGUGCUAUAUUUAUACACAAAAAAAAUGUUUUGAGCAAGUUCAUUGUCCAAUUCUAGCUUCAGACGUUUGAUUAGACUGUUACUAUGGUAACUUUUAAAGUUGAGAAAACGCCUAUUACUUUUUGAUCAGCUGACAUGCAAUAAUUUACAUAUACAAUGCAUAUAUGACUUACCCGAUGAUACAAUUUCAAAAUGAUCCCAUUUGAUAUUAUGUCCGGUGGAUUUGAUAUAGCCAGCAAUAGCUGACUUGAGCUCAUUUUUAGCGUGAGCCUUGAAGAAGUGUCCAAUCUUUUUAUGAUGAGGUUGUCGCUUUGUUUUGCCAAUAUAGAAAUCAGCAGCUAAUUUGUAAGCUAGUUGUUGGGAUCGCAACGAUUUCUACAUUGGCAAAACAAAUUCACGACUCCACGACGACACUGAUUGUCAGGUGCAAGAUGAAAGAAACAAGCUGAUGCUGUAUUGAUUAGCUUCUGCCUUUUUAUUUCUGGAACCCCUUUUUUGUGAAAACUAUGGUCAUUGAUUUAUUUGGCUAUGUAUUUAUUUAUUUAUGUAUUUAUUUAUUUAUGUUUUUAGAUUUUAGUGGCGGUUACGAGAUGCCCUUAUUAUUAUUAAAACUGUAAUAAUAAUAAUAAUGAUAAUAAUAAUCGAUAAUGCUGAUGAUGAUAAUGAUGAUGAUGAUAUGAUGAUUUUGUUGUUUUUGUUAUGUUGUUGUGGAAAGGUUAAUGAUAAUGAUUAUGAUAAUGUUAAUAAUUGAAAAUGAUGAUGAUGAUGAUUAAUUUUAUUGUUGUUGUUGUUGUUGUUAUGGAAAUGUUACUAAUUUUCUCUUCUUUUUGUUGUUUAAUUUUAGGAGGAACUCUUGACGUGACAGCGCAUGAGAGACAAGACGAUGGCACCAUAAAAGAGAUUCACAAAGUGACUGGCGGGCCCUAUGGGGGCUCAAAGGUCAAUCAUCAGUUUGAAGGCCUUUUGAAUCAACUUUUUGGCGACGAAGAACUAUAUGAAUACCGCAAAGUGUUCCCCGCGGAUUGGCUCAAGCUGAAAAACGACUUCGAAGAAAAGAAGCGCAAUAACCGUGCCUUGCAGGGUAAAGAAACGAAGAUCCUCCUUCCGGUAAGUUUGACCACAACCGCCACGGAAAUUCGUCCUCAGGCUCGUGAGCGUUAUGGUGAUGAAGUCAAAAUUGUGAGGCAAGAGUACCUAUCCUUAAGCUCCAGGGUUAUGAUUGAUCUGUUUAGUCCAGUUCUUGAAGCUAUGGAAGAACAUUUACUUACCCUACUAAACAAGGACGUGCUUUCAAAGGUCAAUGUGAUACUUCUUGUGGGCGGUUUUGCGGUUUCUCCUGUUCUUCAACAGCAGAUACAGGGUGAAUUGUCAAAGCGAUACCGUAUUAUCACACCUCGCAACGCAGACACAGCGGUUGUCCAGGGAGCGGUAAUGUUUGGAAAUAUGCCAACUAAAAUUACCGCACGAAUCGUCCGCAUAACGUAUGGCGUUGACUGCUCUCGAGAUUUUAUCCAUGGCGUACAUCCACUGGAAAAAAAGUUUGUGGCCGACGGUAUUGAAAAAUGUGGAGACAUAUUCGCCUGUUUCGUAAAGGAAAAUGAUACAGUCAUGCUUGGUCAAUUUAUUCGAAGAAAAUUUAAUCCUCUCAGAGCUAACGACACAUUGAUUACGUUUGGAAUCUACACUGCUGAAGACCCCAACGCUCAGUUCGUUACAGAUCAAGGAAUGACAAAGAUCGCGACAGUCACAGUUCAGUCCCCCGACACUCACAAAGGCCGCGACAGGGAAAUCGAAGUCAGCAUGUAUUUUGGGGGAACGGAAAUAACAGCAACCGCAUUAGAUGUUUCUAGUGGAAAUGUAGAGCAAAUCAGGCUUGAUUUUUUCGCUAAAUCUUAG